GGACGGACGUUGUGUGGUACGCCGAGCGGUGACUCCCCUCCACCCCACCCUGCCCUUCAGGGCGCGGUGGGGACGGCGCGGGCGGGUGAGGGUGAGCGGGUUCCCGGCGUCGGGAGACUGUCCCCCCGUGGGGGCAAGCUCCUCGGGCCGACCCGUCUGAACGCCUCCCGGCUCUCGGACGGACGCCGUGGGAGACCGACCCAGCCGGCUGACUGGAGCGGAGCGCGAAAAGGUUGGGAAUCCGCCGCCGACCAUGGCUGCAGGAGUUCUGCCUCAGAAUGAAAAACCAUAUUCUACUUUGGUAAAUAACAGUGAAUAUGCUACAGACAUGGAAGGUGAUGGUGGCUGUGUCCGCUGUCAGCCGUGUGGAGCGGAACCCAACUUUCCUUGAGAGAAAAAGGAAUUCAGAACGCCCAGCACCAAAGUACACAAAAGUGGGAGAGCGUUUACGGCAUGUCAUCCCUGGACACAUGGCCUGUUCCAUGGCGUGUGGUGGUAGAGCGUGCAAGUAUGAGAACCCAGCCCGCUGGAGUGAGCAGGAGCAAGCUAUUAAGGGAGUUUACUCAUCCUGGGUCACUGACAAUAUCCUGGCCAUGGCCCGCCCAUCUUCAGAGCUCCUUGAAAAGUAUCACAUUAUUGAGCAGUUCCUCAGUCAGGGCAUAAAAACAAUAAUCAACCUGCAGCGCCCUGGAGAGCAUGCUAGCUGUGGGAACUCUCUGGAACAAGAAAGUGGCUUCACGUACCUUCCUGAAGCAUUCAUGGAGGCUGGCAUUUAUUUCUACAAUUUCGGGUGGAAGGAUUAUGGUGUAGCAUCUCUCACAGCCAUCUUGGACAUGGUAAAGGUUAUGACGUUUGCCUUACAGGAAGGAAAAGUAGCCAUCCAUUGUCAUGCUGGACUUGGACGAACAGGUGUUUUAAUAGCAUGUUAUUUAGUUUUUGCAACAAGAAUGACUGCUGACCAAGCAAUUAUAUUUGUGCGUGCAAAACGGCCCAAUUCCAUACAAACCAGAGGGCAGCUGCUCUGUGUACGGGAAUUUACUCAGUUUCUGGCUCCUCUGCGUAGUAUCUUCUCUUGCUGUGAUCCCAAAGCACAUGCUGUCACCUUAGCCCAGUACCUGAUUCGCCAGCGUCAUAUGCUUCAUGGUUACGAGGCACGACUUCUGAAACAUGUGCCAAAAAUCAUCCACCUGGUUUGCAAGUUGCUGCUUGACUUAGCUGAGAAUAGGCCAGUGGUGGUGAAGGACAUGCUAGAUGGACCUGGACUCUCUGCUGAAAUUGAAAAGACUGUGUCUGAGAUGGUUAGCAUGCGGCUGGAUAAAGAGUUACUGAGGCACAACAGUGAUGUGUCUGAGCCAUUUAACCCCUCUGCAGAGCCAGUGGAGUAUGAGAAUCAGGAUAUGAUUCUUUCUAAUGAGCAUGAGUUUGACCCCCUCUGGAAGAGGCGGAAUAUUGAGCGCCUUCAGCCCCUGACUCAUCUUAAAAGGCAGCUCAGUUACAGUGACUCUGACUUAAAGAGGGCCAAGGCUGUCCUGGAGCAAGGAGAGACUCCUUGGAUGGUUCCUGUGCAGGACUUGCUGGACCACAACCUCCAGCAGCAGAAGCCCAUCAGCCACUGUACCAUCUCACCAACUCCAGAGCCAGGUUCAAAUAAGGAAGCGCUGGUUCAAAGUACAUUUUCAUUCUGGGAUCAGCCAAAGUGUGGAGCCAUGGAGGGUCUCAAAGAUGAUGGAUCUCCGCUUUUCUGUCAGAGAGACGUUCUAAAGGAAGUACAGCGGAGUAGAACCUUCUCUGUGGGUGUCUCAUGUGCACACAGUCCUGGAGAACCAGUGACACCCAACUUCACAAGUGCCCAUAACAAUCCAAACCCUUCUUACCAGCAUGCAGCCCGCUGUCAGUGUGAAGCUCCUGGUGGUUGGGACCCAGGCUGUGUCCAGGGAGAGGGCAGGACUCCUUGUAGCCCUCCAAACCACGGCUCUAGUUCCCAGGCACAGUUCCCAUUCGCACAAGAAACCCAAGGCAGCACAUGCCUGUUUGGAGCAAUGCCGCAUGCUGGAUUGCUGUCUGAACUGAGUAUCGAAGCAAGGAGAAUACUGGCUGCCAAAGCCCUGGCAAAUUUAAAUGAAUUUGUAGAAAAAGAAGAAGUGAAAAGAAAAGUAGAAAUGUGGCAGAAAGAACUAAAUUCCCGAGAGGGAGCCUGGGAAAGAAUAUGUGGUGAAAGAGACCCUUUCAUCUUGUGCAAUUUGAUGUGGUCUUGGGUGGAACAACUUAAGGAGCCUGUAAUCACCAAAGAGGAUAUGGACAUGUUGGUUGACAGACAAGCAGAUGCUGCUGAAGCCCUGUUCUUAUUAGAGAAGGGACAACACCAGACUAUCCUUUGCGUGUUGCAUUGCAUAGUGAACCUGCAGACGCUGCCUGUGGAAGUGGAGGAGGCUUGCCUUGUGCAUGCUAUUAAAGCUUUCACUAAGGUCAAUUUUGAUUCUGAAAAUGGACCAACAGUUUACAGCACUUUGAAGAAAAUAUUUAAGCACACAUUGGAGGAAAAAAGAAAAAUGGCAAAAGACAGCCCUAAGGCCAGCCUCUCAUGAAGUUUUUUUUUUUUUUUUCUUGGAUGAAUAUUUCAGAACUAAAGAUCCAGAUAACGUUUCUGUCCAUAUGUGAAUAAGCUGGUUUGUGGAGCUUGUUUUUCUCAUAGCACUUUAUUUUGAAUGCUGCUGGCUUAUGCUGAGAAAAAGCAUUCCUUUUUGGAGAAAUUAUUUAUUUUUCAAUAUCCUUAAACUGUGUCUUAGUUUUGAAAAAUUGCCAUAAAGUUGGUGCCACUUUA